AAACACUUGUCAGGGAUGGUCUAGAUAAUACUUAGUCCUCUAUGAUUGCAGGGGACUGGACUAGAUGACCUUCCAAUCCUAUGAUUCCACGAUCUAUGGAGUAUUAGGGAGCCGUAGAUGUGAUUUUUUCAUGACUUGCCAAUCUUUGUAGCAGUUCUUCAGUGGGCAACCCGUUAAUCUGAUCCCUAGGCUCGUAUUGUGACAGUUUUUUCCAAAGCCAAUUUCUACCUAAAUCAAAAGUUUUCUUUUUCUCAGGAGCAACAGACUUUUUACUUUUCUUUUACUCUACUCUUUGUUCUCCUCUGCUUAAGUUAUGCUGUCCCAUUCUUUUAUCUCCUUUUCCCUGUGGACCAUUAUUGGAGAAUGUUACUGCAGAUACUCUGUUUUUUUCUUUGUGGAUGGGAAAGUUUCCCUUUGUAUUUUGUAUAACCUUUUUGCCUUUUCAAUUUCAUGUAAUGGGGUAAGUUCAGGGUGGUCAGAGACCAUAGCCAGUCUCCAAAUCUGACUGAGUCCAAACAGUAAGGCUCUUUUGAAUUGUAUGGCAUUAUAAUUGGGUUAGCCCAGAAUGUUUGUUCUGGCCCUUCCCCUGGUUUUUGUCUUUCCUUAUGAAACCACACAACUGGGUCUAUGUUAGGGAGAAGAAUUUCAGUAUUUCUUCCUCUAUCUCAUUUCUAUCUCUUUGUCCUCUACCCUGGAUUUUGCAAGGAAGUCCAGCAGUCUUCUGAGCUAAUACAUUCUUUUAUCAAAGCUCAAAAGUUUCUUCCUGUUAACCCAGGCAUCCCUAAUGCUUUUGCUAACUACUCGACUGUGGUAUUCUUAUUUAGAAAACCCAUGGAUUUCCCUCAGGCCUUAAUUUGUUCCGGGGUAUAGGAUCUUUCCUCCGUUUGCUCUUCUCAUCCUCCCUUAUAGCCAUGUGCAGUAGUUUUAAUAACAAUAGUUGUACCUAUCGGGGCCGUAGAAGGUCCUUUUGUAAUUCUUCCAGUUCUUUGCUUAGUGGACCAUAAGGUCCUGGGGGAAACUCUUCUGAAUUGUUGUAAGAAGGAGAAUCAAAACCCUCUUCAUCUGAUUCUGUUUCUUCGCUGAUCCACUGGUUACUACCAGACUUUAUUGCUGCUAUUACUCCUUUAUUUACUCUUAAUUCCUCUUUUAAUGUUUGUUUUUUACGUGCCUCAUGAUUCACUUCCCCUUUUUCUCCUGCAUCUAAGAGAACAACUCUCACUGUGACCUGCCUAUCUGUUGCCUUUUGUUUCCAUUCCCUAAUUUCUUGAAUAAUUUUUUCCUGUUCCUUCUUUCCUUUGUUUAAUUUGUUUUGGAAACUAAUGAUCUGGACAGUUUGUGUCAACAUAGUUGCUCUUAAGAUUUCAGCUUCUGCUCUUAGACUAAUUAAUUCUUCAUCUUUUGUUUCUUCUCUUUUCCUUGCUGUGACAGCUUGCACCCCUCCAUCUGGGGUGCCACCUGAUAUACUGGAGUCCCACUGAGCCUGUCCGUUCCACCAGCCUGGGCUUCCUCAACCUAUCCUUCAGUUCCAGAGCAGCUUUAUGCCUGACCUGUUCUGUCUCCAUUUCUUUGUCAGCCUCUAGCUGUCCCAGUUCCAUGGCUCUCUGGGGGGCUGCUUGUUUCUUAUCAAUUUCCAUCUGUUUUAAUUCCAUCUGUCUCUUAUGCAUCUUUUUGUUUUCUUCUUCUUGCAACCUGUGGAGCUCCAACUUUUUGGUAGCUUCACUUAUUUUCUUACUUUUUUUGUCCCUACUUCCCUUGCCCGAAAUAAGCAAACAGAAAAUAAACCAGUAACCACUUUCUUCUCUAGCCAACACCCUUAAAACUCACUUAAAAUCACCACCAGGGUCUCAGAGCAUCAAGCUGUGCACAUUACCCUGCUUGCUUCGCCACUGUGACAGGUUGGACCCCCCAUCCAGGAUGCUACUGUUAUACUGAGGUCCCAUUGAGCCCACCCGUUCCGUCAGCCUGGGCUUCCUCACUCUCUCCUUGCUGUGCCAGGUCCUUGAGCCUUCUCUAGCACACACACAGGAGUAGUAUACGGCGUGAUAGCAUUCAUCACCAUGCAUUUUUGACAGGUUUUCACGCCUUCUUUGGGACUUAUUUUCCGCCCUCCAACCCUGUUUCCGUUGGUGCCAAAGUUUGGUGCCGUUGGCCAUUUUGAAAAAAAUGUUCUUAUAUUUGAAUGGAGGAGUGUUGUGUGUGUUUGUGCUUGGAUACAUUUAGAGAAAAAGGUUGAAAGACUAGAGUGAGAGAGUUUAAGAUGAAAAAAGAAAGAUUGGGUAAGGUUUAGAGGAAAAAAAGGAAAGAAAGGUUAUUUGGGUAGGUAGAGAAAGGAGAGAGGAUUGUAAAGAGAGAAAAAAAUAAAGCAGUAAGAGAGUCUGUGUUACUGAGCACAUGCAGAGUGAAACAUCCUACCCCAGCGACUGCUGGUAGUGAAAUGAUAGCUGUUCUGGGUGGUGCUCCUGGGGAGCUAGUCCCUCCUUUCGAUGGCCCAAUCUGUAGCUAUUUUACAGCUAGGUCACAGGAUGCUUUUGUUGAACCAAUCCUGUAGUCCCAAGAUUUUAAACCAGAGCCUUUUAGAAACGUACUAGUGAGGGGCGGGUUAUUUGAAAAACUCUAACCAGUGAGCAUUUGGCCAUGUGUAUAAAGCCACGUAUUUUGGGAGCAGGGCUUUAAAACUGGGAGCCUAGACACAAAGACAUGUCCAAGUACAAGACACCUACAGAAGCCAAGAAGCUGGAACUGCCCCUGGGUACACCAGUUCGUGUUCAGAAGAGAAGACCCUUUUACGCUUAUUUUGCUAAUGAGGUGGGACUGUUACCGAACCCUGUAUUUCAUCCUGAAAUUGAACCUAAAAAACAGGAAGACUUUAUGGAGUCACAGCCAUUUGUAAAAGAAAAAAAGUAUAAAGUGCAAAAAAAUUUGUUGCCGGCUUUGGAGGAAGCCGACUCAAAGGCAGAGGUAGGAAUGAAAUAAGAACCUGUAUACGAGGACAUGGCAACUGAGGGACCGUCGGAGGAUAGUGAUGUCGAAAACCAACCGAUAGACCCCAAGUCAUGGAAAGACGGCAACGUUGUUACUGGCAAAGCAACAGAAGCGCAUGAUGAGGUUGCUGAAACGAUGACCGACGGAGCCUCUGCCUGUGGUGAUUCAGAAACAAACGACACAGCCUGGAGGUGCAGUGAGCGGUUGUCAAAUGUAGACCCAAAAGAACAUGAUGAGGAAGGUGCCAUGGGGUCCGAUGGUGCAUCCACCGGGGAUGAUGAUUCAGAAUCAGACGAGGGUACGAUUGAGACAUCUUCAGAGGAUGAAGAGGAUAAAGAGAGGUGGCCCUUUAGAAGAAUAACCAUGAUAUGCACCUGUUGUUUUUGCAUGAAGCAAGAUUGUAAAAAAAAGUCUGUAAUAAGUGAGGAGGGUGACCAGCAGAGCUGCGAAGAUGACGUUAUGGCCGAGAUUUUUAGGGCUGUUGUAGUAAAAACCAUUUACCACUGCUUGAAAAAACAACUUUUGGAAAACUGUGCAGCCUGUGCGGUAGGCGAGCCCAACCCAUUUAGUCACCCUUCUAUCUUUUGCGGUCUCUCAGAAGUAUUUCACCAGAUUAGACAUAUUUCUUCUAAACUGAAUGUAACCCAGCUUCUAAAUAUAAUUAUAGCUGAAGACUAAAAACUGAAAAAGCUUAAUAUGAUCGCUGAAACUGUAACUGAAGUUGUUAAAAUGAUCAGGAAGGUUGCAGAGACAUCUGACCCGGUGGCCUUGCUGGUAGACCUGUCAAACGAGGUGGCAGCCAAAAUUGGGCAAUCAGUGUGUAGCAGGAUUCAUAAAAUGGAUUAUAAAACUUUUUACAUGCCAGCUCCUUACUCUAAAGGGUAAAAAAAAGUAGUGAUUAAGAUGUAUUGUAAAAUUUAAAAAAAGUUUGUAUAACCAUUUUCUAUAUUACUUUGCUUAUGCAUUAAAUAAAUGUGUAUAGUGCGUAUAUUACUUUGCUGCUGCAUUAAAAGCUUGUCUUAUUUUUUUUUUUAAGUAAAAUGUGUAUAGCCUCUUCUGUAUUAAAUAAAAUCAAAAGC